AUGACGACGGUGCCUGUCAGCGAAGUCAAGAGCACGCAUGAUCGCUCAGCCAGAACCGCGGCGCAUUCCCAUAUCAAAGGACUUGGCUUAUCAAGCGAUGGACGCGCAACUCCCGCAGCUGGUGGCUUCGUCGGCCAAGCUGCAGCACGAGAGGCGUGUGGUUUAGUCGUCGACCUUGUCAAGGCGAAGAAGAUGUCCGGCAGAGCUGUACUACUCGCAGGUGGUCCUGGAACUGGAAAGACGGCAUUGGCAUUGGCUGUGAGCCAGGAGUUGGGUACCAAGGUGCCGUUCUGCCCCAUCGUUGGCAGCGAGAUCUACUCUGCCGAGGUGAAGAAGACCGAGGCGCUCAUGGAGAACUUCAGGAGAGCAAUAGGUCUUCGCGUCAAGGAAACCAAGGAGGUCUAUGAGGGUGAAGUGACGGAGCUUACGCCUGAGGAAGCUGAAAACCCGCUUGGAGGCUAUGGCCGCACCAUCUCGCAUCUCCUCAUUAACCUUAAGUCGGCCAAGGGCACGAAGAAGCUGCGACUCGACCCAUCCAUAUACGAGGCUAUACAGAAGGAGCGCGUCCGUCUAGGCGAUGUUAUCUACAUCGAAGCCAACACGGGUGCCGUAAAGCGUGUCGGACGAUCAGAUGCCUACGCGACCGAGUUCGAUCUUGAGGCAGAGGAGUAUGUUCCUAUACCAAAGGGUGAUGUUCACAAGAAGAAGGAGAUUGUUCAAGACGUCACUCUGCACGACUUAGACGUCGCCAACGCGCGGCCGCAAGGUGGACAGGACAUCAUGAGCAUGAUGGGACAGCUGAUGAAACCCAAGAAGACCGAGAUCACAGAGAAGCUGCGACUAGAGAUCAACAAGGUCGUUAAUAGGUACAUUGACCAAGGUAUCGCGGACCUGGUACCUGGUGUCCUCUUCAUCGAUGAGGUUCACAUGCUCGACCUCGAGGCUUUCACAUUCCUGAACCGUGCCCUUGAAUCUCCCCUAUCACCUCUUGUUAUCCUCGCGUCGAAUCGCGGCAACACACAUAUUCGUGGUGGGGAGAACCUGCCUCCUUCGGCGCACGGCAUCCCGACCGAUCUCCUCGCACGUCUCCUUAUUAUUCCAACACACCCAUACGGACCUGCGGAAAUCAAGUCGAUCAUCUCCACCCGGGUUACGACCGAGAAACUCAACAUCUCGGGUCCAGCUAAGGAGAAGGUCAGCGCGCUUGGCGAGAAGAUUAGCUUGCGAUAUGCGCUGCAACUCCUAGCUCCAGCGAGUGUACUAGCAGAGGUCAAUGGAAGGGAGAACAAGCAAAUCGAGGUUGACGAUGUGGAAGAAUGUCAAAACUUGUUCUUGGACGCAGGAAGGACACCCUUUGGCUCGGGCCCAGCACCACCCCGCCUACCCAAGGAAGAGCAAGAACUCUUUGAGAAGCUGCAAAAGCAAAGCACUGGCGCCUUCAGCACACCCAAAGACAUUGAAACACCAACCUCCAAACCAAACAUCCGCAUGCAAAUCAACCAGUCUCCAGAUUCGUCAUCUCCAACACCCGCCUCCCCCGCCUCCAGGUCAAGACCACAAAUAAAUCAGUCACUCGACUCAGCUCCCGAAGUACGAUUUGAGAAUGGCAAGGAAAUCAAGAAGGGAGAGGAGUUUCAUCCUAAUAUGAGGAGAGGGGCACCGCCGGAGUUUGAGGGUGAUGUCAAUCCCAAGACGGGAGAGGUGGGCGGACCGAAGAAUGAACCUCUUAGGUGGGGAAGCACUGGAAAGACGGGUGAUUGGAGCUACAAUGGUAGGGUUACUGACUUCUGA